GUGACCUGGUUACCAAAUACUUGUGAAAGAUGCUGGAAAAGAAGGCUGCGAAAGAAAAGAAGCGGAAACACUCUCGCCGAGAAAGCAGCGAAGGUGACCGAAAACGGAGAAAUACAGAGUCGAGUGUGGAGGAUGCGAAAGAGGAGAAGGAGCCAGUGGAGGUGGCUGUGGAGGAGCCCAGUGACAUGGAGGAGGGAGGACUGGACCUCGCCGUGCAUUUUAAACCCAUCAGCGCGUACAUAGAGGACCGUCAGGAGAUGCUGGAGCAGUGUUUCCGCGUCCUAGGAGAGAACAAACUGAAAAAGAUGCUGCCAGAUGACUUGAAGGAUUGUUCGAUUGAAGAGAUUAAGAGGCUGUGUUGGGAACAGCUGCAGCAGCUCUCCCAGAGCAACCUGUUAAAGAUACUGGAAGGCAGGGAGCUGGGUGCCAGUUCAGACACUGAAGAGGACAGGACUAAGAAAGACUCCACAUACAGUCAGCAGGACAAUAAUGUGGAUUCCACGUCAUCAGUAAAGGAAAGUACCGAGGCAGAGGAUCAGAAACAAGGAGGGGCCUCAGGAGAGGAGAGUGAUGUUCUGAGCAUUAAUGCAGAUGACAGCGACAUUGAGGGACAGAAAGAUGAAAAAACACAGGAAACACCAUCCGCUGAGGAAACUGCAACAGUUUCCGUGCCAACGGCAGCAGCCACACCCGCUCAGCCUUCCCCUCCGCCCCCGGAGGUGCCACACCCCGGGCCCAAGGAGGAGCUUCAGCAUGACAUCGAUAAGAGUGUGAGCGAGAUCCUGGCAUUGGCCACACCCCCUCUACAGACGCCAUCGUCGGUAGCAUUACCACGGAAACCUGCGUUAGUGGACACUCAACCCAACCCACCGCCUCGCCUGCUUCCUGUUUCUACGGUUACAGGCCCCUCCCAGCCGUCGGCACAGCAGCUGGAGCUGCUGGAGUUAGAGAUGAGAGCCAGAGCUAUUAAAGCCCUUAUGAAAGCCAAUGAGAUCAAGAAACAAGCAAAUACCUGAACAGUGGCCAUUUUGGCUCAAACUGUACCGCUUUGACUUUGCACUGAGUGACAAGGAAUAAUCAGUGGCCAUUUUGGUUCAAACUGGAGCAGCAAUGACUUGAAUGGUUGUUGGUUGAUGAUGAGGACGCUUUUGCUUGAGUUAUAAUAGGUUUUUGUUAUUUAGAAUC